AUGCCUGAGCUCCCAGAGGUACAGCGAGCAGUCAAUAUCCUCAAUAAAGUCACGAAAGGCAAGACAAUUACAAGUGUGGAUGCUGUCGAAGACGCCAUCGUUUUCGUCGGAAUAAAUCAAGAAGACUUCGCGAAGGAGCUCACAGGAAGGACAGUAGAAAGCGCUGAACGUUACGGCAAAGUGUUUUGGUUGAACCUUUCUUCUCCUGGGAGGAUGCCUGUUUUACAUUUUGGAAUGACCGGUAUGCUCCAGGUACAGUCAAGGGGGAGCUUGCAACCUACUACAAAGAAAACCCCCAAGUCCGCAUCAACAGACUGGCCUCCGCGGUUCAUGAAGUUCAUCCUUCACCUCUCAGACGGCUCUCAGAUUGCGUUUUUGGACGCGCGCCGGCUGGGGCGAGUCCGUCUUUGUCAAUCGCCGCGCGGAGAGCCACCGCUUGCCGAUCUGGGGUUUGACCCAAUCCUCUCGAUGCCCUCGCUCGAAGAAUUCGUGAAUCGCGCUCUGGCCCGCGCAUGCCCGAUCAAGGCGUUAUUGCUAGACCAGAAAUUCAGCGCCGGGGUCGGCAAUUGGGUCGCGGGUGAAUUUCUCCGUUUACCGCUUCCGGUUGGAUCCCCACUGACUGCCCAGAUGAAAUCCUCUACCAUGCUCGGGUCCAUCCAGAGCAGCGAUCUAACACCCUCACUGAAAGCCAGCUUGCAGCACUGCACCACCAAACAUCGAAUGUAUGUCAGACCGCAAUUGCAGUGGAUGCAGACGACUCCAAAUUCCCUGAAGACUGGCUCUUCCGACAUCGCUGGGCGAGCAUAUCGUGGCAAGGGAAAGAAGAGUGCGUCUACUCUGAAGCUACCCACGGGUGAGCUGGCGACGAUUAAAUGGAUAACGGUUGGAGGGCGCACUUCCGCAUUUGUCAGCGAGUUGCAACAUCUGUAUGGGCCUGCCAAGAAUGGCAGCAGUACCCGCGGGAAACGGAAGGCUAAGGACGAAGAUGAAGACGAAGCCACCGACGAGAAAGUUGACUCGGCCGCUCCCAGCGAAAUGAAAAACACUGCGAAGAAGCCAAGAACCCGGACGGCAUCAAAAGGUAAACGACGACCAGCAACCAACCAGCUAGAGUGA